AUGACCUCCAAUUCGGAGAAGGCCGUCACAGAUAGUGGCAUCCAAGCGACAGACAAGCGAGCGGAUGUUGCCUCUACUGGAUCCCUCAAGGAUGAGUCCAUGAACGGAAGAGCGCAGAUCUUGGGUGCUACGCCCGAGGAAAUCAUCGAAGCAGAGGAGCAUGCGCGUACGAUGGACUUGGAUGAGACGAGAAGGCGCGCUGAAAACUUGAUCUACCUUCAUGAACAUGACCCCAACUUCAGCUCAGAGGCUAUCAUGCGUAUUCAAGCAUUCCUCAGCAACGAAGAUAUUUUCGCCAAUCCUCACAAACAUGAAGAUCUCAUCUCAGACAUCAAGACCGAGAUUUCACUCGUCACUAUCAAUUCACCCUACGCAGAAGUCCGCGCUGUAGUAAGCAACAAGGACGACCCAUCGACACCAGCUGGAACUAUUCGAGCAUGGACCAUCGGUCUCUUUUUCGUGAUCGUGCAGAGUUUCGUGAACCAGCUGUUCUCAGUGCGACAACCGACUAUCCGACUUCAAGCCCCAGUCAUUCAGCUCCUCUCGUUUCCGCUGGGUAAAGCUUGGGAGAAAUGGCUUCCAGUCGGCGACUUCACGUUGUUUGGCCAAAGGCUACAGCUCAAUCCUGGAAAGUUCAACCAAAAGGAGCACAUGCUGAUCUCAAUCAUGGCGAAUGUCUCGACGAGUUUGCCUCAUUCGCGAUACAUCAUUUUCACCAGUUGGUUGAAGAAGUACUUUGAUUUGCCAUUUGCUGCCGAUUUUGGCUUUCAGAUCUGCCUCUCGCUGGCGAUGAACUUGCUAGGCUUCGGUCUUGCUGGGUUGGCGCGACGUUUCCUAGUCUACCCAUCCUUCUGUAUCUGGCCUCGCUCCCUCGCAACCAUCGCCCUCAAUCAGAGUCUACACAAUGAAUCUGGAAACGCAAGCGUGCUUGGUCCCUUCAAGAAAAUGUACACCAUGUCCCGGUACCGCUUCUUCAUGCUCUCCUUCGCCGCCAUGUUCGUCUGGUUCUGGUUCCCCGACCUCAUCGCUACAGCACUGUCCCUCUUCAACUGGCUUGCGUGGAUCUCACCCAAUAAUUUCACCCUUACAGCCAUCACCGGCGUAUCUAAGGGCCUUGGCUUCAACCCUCUUCCAACCUUUGACUGGAACAUUGCCACUUACUAUAUCGACCCUCUUUUGGUUCCCUUCCAUGUCACGGUCAACAUGUUCCUCGGUGCCUUGUUGGGUGGAAUUACUAUCAUCGCCAUGUACUGGAACAACACCUACAACACUGGAUACCUUCCUAUUAACACAAAUACCAUGUUCGAUAACACGGGCGCCAAGUACAACGUAUCUUCUAUCUUGGAUGAUCGUGGAUUACUGGAUGCAGAGAAGUAUCAGGCUUACAGCCAGGUCUACAUCGCAGCCUCAUCUAUCACUUACUAUGCGAUCAUCUCCUAUGCUGCUCUUUACCACUGGAACGACAUCAAGCUUGGUUUUGUGUCGCUUUGGGAAAGCUUCAAGAAGAACAGCAAAAUCAACGAGUUCAAGGAUGUUCAUACAAAGCUAAUGGAGCAGUACAAAGAGGUUCCAGAGUGGUGGUACUUGAUACUCAACAUUGUUGGUGUUGCUUUCGGCAUUGCUUCUGUAGCAGCCUGGCCCACCAACACCAGUGUCGGCACCGUCUUCUUUGGCCUUGCUCUUGCGAUCCUCUUCACUAUUCCUACUGGAAUCAUUUUUGCCACUACUGGCAUCGAAGUUGAGUUCAAUGUCCUUGCUGAGUUUAUUGGAGGAGCAUGGCAGCCUGGUAAUGCCUUGGCUAUGAACUUUUUCAAAGGGUUUGGAUAUGUGACAGUCGCCCACGCCCUCGAUUUUGCCAAUGAUCUGAAGCUCGGUCACUACCUCAAGAUUCCUCAGCGACAGACCUUCUGGUGCCAGACUGUGGCCACUGUUGUCUCCGCCUUUGUUUGCACCGCAGUGAUGAAUUUCCAGAUCCGCAACAUCCCCGAAAUCUGCCAGCCUACCCAAAAGGAUCGCUUCACUUGUCCUGGCGUUGAGUCAUACUUCACCGCUGCCGUGCUCUUUGGCUCUCUUGCCCCUCAAAGGGUGUUUGGUGAAGGAGGCAUGUACACAGCUCUCCUCGCUGCGUUCCCAGUUGGAUUGGCCUUCCCCGUUAUCUACUACUACGCGACCCGCAACCUCCCCAAGACGCACUGGCUGACAAAGCUUCAUCCCGUCGUUAUCUUCAGCGGUGGUCACAUCUGGUCUCCCUACAACCUGGCCUAUGUCUGGCCGGCUGUCAUUCCAGGCUGGAUCUCUUGGGUCAUCGUCCGAAAGAGAUACCUUCAGUUCUGGGGAAAGUACAACUAUGUCCUUUCUGCAGCUUGGCAGACUGGCAUCGCUCUCGCUGCGGUGGUCAUCUUUUUCGCUGUGAGCUACCACGGCGCGUCCAUCAAUUGGAUCGGCAACAGUGCAGACAGUGGUUGUGAAGCUGAGACCUGCACCAGACUCAAAGUUCCCAAUGGAACGAUUUUUGGUCCUCAGCCCGGAACCUUUGCCUAG